GGUUGGGUUGGUACACAGUGCCUGCUCUGUUAUUUUGUAUUUGUUUAUGUGACUUUGUAAGUUUUCCCAGAGCUUCAAAUUUGUGUUUGCUGUUGGAGGGGGGUCCCACUCCCCCUUCCUCUGGGUGGGGGUCUCUCUGAACUUGGCAACACAGGUCAGGUUUCAGGGACUCUAGGCUCUGCCAUUGGUGGACAGCUCUGGUGCCUUGGGAGAGGCCCACUCACUGGUCCCAGUGCCCAGAGCCCCUGCCCCCACCUCCCUGGCUGGUUGCUCUUAAUCUUAAAGAUGACUGGGUAGCUGUGCCCAUCAUGCUGUUCUGAGGGAGCCCACCAUGGCCCCCCAAAGAAGGGCAUGCUAAAGUCACCCUCAGCUAAGGGCCAGAGCCCGAAGAGCCACCUGGUUUGCAGGGAGGAUACAGGGGCUGAGCAGGUGGAAGGCAGCCCAGGUCCUGAAGGGUAGGUGCUGUGGGGAUGCCUUUAGAGGGGAGGACCCUGCCCUGGCACUGUGGCCCUGCUGCUCACAUGGGAGAAUGCUGGAGGUUGGGGGUGCAGGCCCCUUACCCUAGAACCCCAGCCUUGCAGCAGCCCAGGAAGGGUCCCAGAUGUCUGGCACUCACAUGGUCCCAGGGGUUCUUUCUGCUUGGGGGGGAUGGUGUCUCACAUCUCCUGUCUCCAGGUGGAGAUCAGGGUUACCUAAUCGAGGUAACCCAGAUCAGGUUUCAGGGACCCUAGGCUCUGCCCUGUUGGUGAGCAGCCCCUGUGCCCAGAGCCCCUACCUCCACCUCCCUUAUCCCUCAGGCUCUCUUACCCCUCCAAGGACUGGGCUACUGCCCCUCCCCAGGACUGACCAGUGAGGGGCUGGCUUCUGCUCCAACAGCCACCCACCACCCGGUCUGGGACAGGGUGGCUACAGCGCCGCGCUCCACCAGGGCAGCCAUGGAGGGGGAGGCCUAGGGGCCGGAGCAGCGGAGUGGGCGGGGCACAGACCCGGCCCAGGGCUCCGUGAUGUCAGCGGGUACUGGGAGGGGGAAGGGGUCGGCUGUUUUUCUGGAGAGUUAGAGCCGGAGUAAGACAAAGCAAAGCAAGGCGCGGGGCUGGGGCAAGCACCAUGGAGCUACUGUCCCGCGUCCUGUUGUGGAAACUCGUGCUUCUGCAGAGCUCUGCUGUCCUCCUGUCCUCAGGGCCCUCAGGGCCUGUGACGGCCGGCAGCUCGGUAGUGUCCGAGUCCGCUGUGAGCUGGGCAGUGGGCACCCAGGCGGUGCUGCGCUGCCAGAGCCCACGCAUGGUAUGGACCCAAGACCGGCUACACGACCGACAGCGCGUGGUCCACUGGGACCUCAGCAGCGGCUCGGGCAGCCCGGGGCGCCGACUCGUGGACAUGUACUCGGCUGGCGAGCAGCGCGUGUACGAGCCGCACGACCACGACCGUCUCCUGCUGUCACCCUCCGCCUUCCACGACGGCAACUUCUCGCUGCUCAUUCGCGCGGUGGGGGACAGCGACGAGGGGCUGUACACCUGCAACCUGCACCACCACUACUGCCACCUCUAUGAGAGCCUGGCUAUCCGCCUGGAGGUCACCGACGACCCCCGGGCCGCGCGCGCGUACUGGGACGGCGAGAAGGAGGUGCUCGUGGCGGCGCGCGGCGCGCCCGCGCUACUGACGUGCGUGAACCGCGCGCACGUGUGGACCGACAGGCACCUGGAGGAGGCGCAGCAGGUGGUACACUGGGACCGGCAGCCCCCGGGGGUUCCGCACGACCGCGCCGACCGCCUGCUCGACCUGUACGCGUCGGGCGAGCGCCGCGCCUACGGGCCGCCCUUCCUGCGUGACCGCGUGGCGGUGGGCGCCGACGCUUUUGCGCGCGGUGACUUCUCGCUGCGCAUCGGCCCUCUGGAGCCAGCCGACGAGGGCACCUAUUCCUGCCACCUGCACCACCACUACUGCGGUCUGCACGAGCGCAGGGUCUUCCACCUGCGGGUCACCGAGCCCCUCGAGGAGCCGCCCCCGCGGACCUCGCCCGGCAACGGCUCCGGCUCCGGUCACAGCAGCGCUCCCGCCCCAGACCCCACGCUGUCUCGAGGCCGCAGCGUCAUCAAUGUCAUCGUCCCUGAGGGCCGAGCCCAGUUCUUCCAGCAGCUGGGCUAUGUGCUGGCCACGCUGCUGCUCUUCAUCCUUCUGCUCAUCACCGUGGUCCUGGCCACCCGUCAGCGCCGUCGUGGAGGUGAGAAGGGACAUCCCACACAGGAGCCCUGGGGGGCAGCAACAGAGACAGCUUCCUCAGGACGGGGCGAGGCUCCCCUUAACUCAAGUCUCCCUCCUCAGGCUACGAAUACUCGGACAAGAAGUCGGGGAAGUCAAAGGGGUGAGUGCCCCCCUCCAGGCCCUCACACCCAGCCUGCCCCAUUCCUCCCUAAACUGCCACCCCUCCUCCCCAGGAAGGACAUGAACAUGGCAGAGUUCACUGUGGCCACAGGGGACCAGGCUCUUUACAGGACUGAGGACAUCCAGCUAGGUAGGAGGGGCUGGGACACUGAGGCACACACUGCUGCUCCCACUCUGAGCCCCUGGGCAUCUCUGGGCAGGACCUCAUCCUCUUCUCUCACACCAGAUUACAAAAACAACAUCCUGAAGGAAAGGGCUGAGCUGGCCCACAACCCCCUGCCUGCCAAGAACAUCGACUUGGACAAAGAGUUCAGGAAGGAGUACUGCAAAUAAAGGGACCUUUGGCUCCUGGCUGGGCCAGCAGCUCUCACUCCGAGGACAUCUUCCCUGACCCUCACAUGGCUCUCCUGGCUCCUAGCGGCUGG